CGUACUACCUCGAUUGUUCAAGUCGCAAGCAAGAAUUUUGGGGACCUCCCUUCCGACCUCUUCUCCUUCCCCUAUCGCGACCUCUUCGAUCUCCAUCUCGCCUCGUCGCCAUGGUUCUCGAGGCCACAAUGAUCUGUAUCGAUAAUUCGGAGUGGAUGCGGAAUGGGGACUACCCACCCACCCGAUUCCAAGCCCAAGCCGAUGCCGUCAAUCUCAUAUGCGGAGCUAAAACGCAGUCUAAUCCGGAGAAUACAGUGGGCGUGCUGACGAUGGCAGGCAAGGGGGUCCGUGUUCUGGUCACGCCUACCAGUGAUCUUGGAAAGAUCCUUGCUUGCAUGCAUGGGUUGGAAAUUGGUGGUGAGAUGAACUUGACCGCUGGGAUCCAGGUUGCUCAGUUGGCUCUUAAACACCGCCAAAAUAAGAAGCAGCAACAAAGAAUCAUAGUAUUUGCUGGAAGUCCGAUUAAAUAUGAUAAGAAGAUAUUGGAGGCAAUUGGAAGAAAGUUGAAGAAGAACAGUGUUUCUCUUGAUAUUGUUGAUUUUGGAGAAUCUGAUGAUGGCAAACCUGAAAAACUGGAGGCCCUUCUUGCUGCUGUAAACAAUAAUGACAGCAGUCACAUAGUUCAUGUCCCACCUGGGCCAAAUGCUCUUUCUGAUGUGCUUAUAAGCACACCAAUAUUUACAGGAGAUGGGGACGGAGGAAGUGGUUUUGCUGCUGCCGCUGCAGCGGCUGCAGCUGGUGGCAUGUCUGGAUUUGAUUUUGGAGUGGAUCCUAACAUAGAUCCGGAGUUGGCUCUUGCACUUAGGGUUUCGAUGGAAGAGGAGAGGGCAAGGCAAGAAGCUGCUGCUAAAAAGGCUGCAGAGGAGGCUGCCAAACAAGAAAAAGGAGGGGAACAGGCUUCAAGCUCCCAUGAUGCAACUAUGGCAGAGCCAAACAGUAGCUCAGUACCUGUAGUUGAUGAUAAAAGACAUAAUCUGACAGAUGAUGAGGCUGCAUUGCUAGAGCAGGCUCUUGCAAUGUCCAUGGAUGACCCUAAGUCUACUAAUGUGGCUGUGGCAGAUACUGAUAUGUCAGAGGCUACUGCAGAUGACCGUGAAUUAGCACUUGCCCUUCAAAUGUCUGUUCAGGAUAAUGAAAAAGACUUGCAAAGCCAGUCUGAGAUGAGCAAGGUUCUGGAGGACCAGUCAUUUGUUUCAUCUAUCCUAAAUUCGCUUCCAGGUGUCGAUCCUAAUGACCCUUCUGUGAAAGAUUUGCUGGCAUCUUUGCAAGGCCAAUCUGAGUCCCAGAAAAAGCAAAAUGAAGAUAAGCCAGAAAAUGAGGGUGAUGAGUAAGUGAUUUCCAAUAGUCUGCUCGUGCCUGCUUGUUCUCCAAGGUCAGUCACCCGGACUUUGUUAUGAACAGUAGCAACAAGUCAAUAGGUGUGAUCAUGGAUUAAAGGAAGCAUGCUAUUUCACUUGAGCCCAACAGAGAGACAUUUUUUCGGAGGCUAGCUGUGGCCUGUCAACUGGAGCAAGUAUUUUGUUUCCACAGACCUGUUCUGUGUUAAUUCAGUUAAAACCAUUCUGAUGUGAAAAGCUCCAUGCCAUGUGAGACUUGAUAACAGGAUUUUGUCCAUUUGGAAUUCAAUAGAUCUGUUGAUGCCAUUAGGUGUGACACA